UUCGCUCAUAGUUUUUUUUUUGUUAGUCAUAUUUUUUUUUCUCUUCUUCCUUGGGUUUUUUUUUUUCUUUUUCGCGUAAAUCUUGAUUAGCUUUUGUAUUAGUUUUUCUUUCGUUUUUCAUUCCAACCAUGGAUCCGGAUGAGGACCAGGUGGAAAAAAUGUCCGAGUUCGAAGACUGGGACACGGACAACGAGGGUGAAGUUGAUCCUCUCCCAGGAGUGCCUUCUAACCAAACCGCGUUGGAACUCUACGGAAAGGACACCAAGGUCGUUGUGAAGGGCACUGGCGGGCGCAAAGCGAAGAAACGCAAGUCUCGACUGUCUCCGAAACCAUACCCAAAACCUGAUCCCACUUCCCCUCCAACACAAAAACCGGAUCUAGCUCUUCCACUGAAUCCAAGUCCUCUGGUCCCAUCAAAUCCAACUCCUAUUCCAACGAAUCCAACCCCUCCGAUCCCGCCAAAUACGAAUCCAAUCCCACCGGCACCAACCCCUCCGAUUCCGCCAAAUCCGAAUCCUAUUCCACCGGCACCAACCCCUCCGAUCCCUCCAAAUCCAAAUCCACCAGGUGACAAGGAAAGACCAGUUCAAGCUCGCGCUCGCCAGUAA